CGCAUGCUGAUUGAUGUUCCUUGGGUUGAAGCGUGCGGAGUACAAAAGCAAGCCUUGGUCGGAAGCACUAUUCCAGCUCAGCAUCUCGUCAAAAUCUUCAAGCAAACAUGGCACAUCAGGUUGCCGUGUUCGCACUUCUAUGCGCAUUGUGCAAUGCGAUCUCCAUUCCAGCUCCUUUCGAGAUAUCGUCGAGGGCUACCUCGGAGUCGUACGCACCAUACAAAGUGCAAUGCCCUUUCAUCAAACCCCAAGUCAGAUCAGCCAACUCACUCGGUCCCAGAGAGUCUGCGUAUGUUGCUCAGCGACAAACCCUCGCGGAUCAAAACCUUAAGUCUUGGUUGGACAAGGCGUUGUCGGGCUCGACCGCGACUGGGGGAUGCAAGCUUCCACGAGUUGCACUGGCAUUGAGUGGUGGCGGACCCAAAGCUGGUUUGACCACUGCUGGUGUUGUGCAGGCUUUUGAUUCACGAGACACCAGCAAUGGAGUCGGCGGUUUACUACAGGGCAUGACUUACGUAUCUGCGUUGUCUGGAGGCUCGCUUACGCUGUCUGGAAUGAUGGUCAACAAUUUUGCCAGGAUCUCCGAUCUCAAGACGAAACUUUACAACAUCAAUUACCAGAACCCGUAUCAGCUUCCCAUUGUAAACGCUGAUCAGAUUAAAGCGGAUAUGAAUUCUAAAUUCAACGCUGGUUUCCGGGCGACCACCGUCGAUGCAUACGGACGCGCGAUUUCUUACGAUUUCAUUGGCGGUACACAGGGCGGCAAUGCACUCACCUGGUCGAAUGUUACGACGCUGAGCGCGUUCAAGUCGCACGAAAUUCCGUACCCGAUCAUCACUCUCACCGAUACCAAUGUCCCACAAGGUGAAUGCUUUCCCAGUCCCACCAAUCCUAUCUGGGAAGUUGGGCCCUACGAGUUCGGCUCGUGGGACCAAGAUGUGAAUGCCUUCUACCCAACGGAGUAUCUCGGAACGCCGGCGCCGACUAGAUGGUUUUUCUGGCAGAAGUCCAGCUGCAUCAACGGAUUCGACAAUGCAGGCCUGAUCACCGGCAUCAGUUCAGAUACCUUCGUCAGUGGCAACACUUGUGCAAGGAAUGGAACCGUCAAGCCUCUGGCCGGACUCGGACAGGUUGUGAAUGAUGUCUUUGGAGGUCCGAACCUCGAAUCCAGUCCGUAUGGCAUCGUUCCCAACCCUUUCUAUCACAGUAAACGCGCGGGUAAAGUCAAUGAGCGUCAGGACUUGUACAUGCAGGAUGGCGGAUACACAGGCCAGGGCAUCCCCAUCUUCCCCUUCAUUCAGCCAGAGCGGCAAGUCGAUGUGAUCUUCGUCAUCGAUGCCACCUCCUCUGCUCCUACGAACGUAACAAACGGGGCCUCGAUAUACCGCACCUAUGUCUCUGCCAAUUCGACUGGCCUUACAGCCAUGCCUGUGAUCCCAACUCCAGAAGUAUUUGCCGCGCAAAAUCUGUCGUCGCGGGCACAAUUCUUUGGCUGUCAUGACAAGAAGGUUUCGACGUUGAUCUAUGUACCAAACACCUACGAGUCUGGGAUUUCCAGCAGCUCAUACUUCUUCACGCCCGAACAACUGGAGUACACCUUUCAAGGAGGUGUGUCGAUGGCGACACAGGCCAACAACACGGAAUGGCCGGCCUGUGUAGCAUGUGCUGUGCUGCAUAAGACCUCGAACAAUCUUCCGGCAGUCUGCAACGGGUGUCUGGAUAAGUACUGUUGGACUGGCUGAUCGCCUGGUGGCCAUCCUAUAUCUAUGAGAACUCAGUAAUACCAAAAUUUAUUUCAAGUUACAUUCAUACCUAGGUAUGAUGACUAGAUACACCGAUGUCCAAGACCACGAAUAGCGCGCACAAGCAUAACGCUGCAGCUUCUGCCUGGUGGAGACCGAGAUGAUCAUCAUCAGUAGAUGGCCCUCCAAAUUCAGACGCGCCAAGGUCGGGCUAGAAGCGGUUGAGUCGUUGUGCUCGGAGUAUCAUCUGCUCAAGCACGAGCGUGAGCCCGGUACCAACAGUGCACAAGGCAGGCGUCACUUCUCGACAUAUCGAAUAAUGAAGAUCGACAGCAUCGCCGACAUGGAGUGUAUAAGUGCCUCGCGGAUCAUAAUGUUUCGUCUCCUGUUCUACAUGGAGUCCAAGUGGAUGUGCUUGCAUUCCAGCAUUGUAUAAUCUCCACAGCAUGCAUUGAACAUGUUGACAAUCUUGGAAUCGAACGUUUCUCAUCCGGCUGC